GUACUACAGCGACAAAGCCACAGCACAGCUGACUGGCUGCAAAAAAAAUUUCUCUCCGUAUUUUAUCCGUCUUCAAGUCGUCUUUGUAUUUAAAUUUAUUUGUUUUAUUAUAGUUUUUAUAUAUAUAUUUUUAAAUUGUAUUAUUUUUUGUACAAUGACUAUCUAACUUGUAAAGUUAAUAACAAAUUACCACAAGAAAGAAAAUAUAAUUCUUCAAUUAUGUGGGAUAACAUCUGUCGUUUAUGCUCAAGUCGUGGAGACUACGACAUCUUCACAAUUAUUCCUUCAUAUCUGCAUGCUAGUCCAAAUGAGUUCCUUCUCUGGCAACAACCAAUAAAUAAACUUCUCGAAGAGACUACUGGUUUAUCGGUCAACGAAGAUGAUGGCUUACCCCAAAAGAUGUGUGCUCUAUGCAUAUCAUAUCUCAAACAUGCUGCAACAUUUCGUCAUCAAGCCAUUAACAAUGCCAUCAGCUUGAAAGCUGUUGCAACAAUAAACGGACGUUGCAAGAAUUCCAUUCGCAAACGGGCAGCAAAUAUGGCCCACAUAGAUUCUUACGAUGAUAAAGCAAGUGUUUUAAUCACUGCCAAUGACCUUAUUUAUAGCGAAGAACGAAAGACUGACACGAACACUCUCGUGAACAUAUUAAACAACCAAAGUUCCAAAUUAACUAAAAACGACGAUUGCAUGAAGAAACUUUUACAAAUUAACGACAAUAAACUGGGAACUAAAAGAACUAAUAAUCGGGGUAAUCAUUCGGAUGACUUAGUCCCUGGUGGGGAUGAUAAUGACGACGACGUUAUAGCCAUGACUUAUUUGAAUCUUCUCUUUGAAAAAGAUACUAACUCUUCGGCACGAAAGAUGAAGCGUUUAGCUCAUCAUCAGAAACCCCUCCACCGACGACCAGUCGGUGAGAAUAAUCUAGCCGCAAUCUUUGACGAAUUGAACAAUACUAGCGAUCCAUUGGGGGAAGAAUUCCAAACCGCCUCGAGCGAUGAGAAUGAAGCAUUCGAACAAAAAAAGAAUUUCUUUUCUUACAAAGAGAAGAAUUUCGAAGAAGACGAUGUAAUGGAUUUGGAUGAACUCAAAGAAGCCAAUAUAACAAUAAAUAUUCCAGAAACAUGCAAAGAGCGAAAGUGUAGAGCAUGCUUUCGACGGUUUAUGUUUGAAGAGUCGUACAAAGAGCACAUGGACAUGUGCAUUGAGUACAAGUUUUUGCUCUUUAUCGAAGAAAUCAAUCGUUUGUUAGAUAUUCGUAGAAGUAAAGCAGUGUCUCCUCAUGAAUUCAUUCGGAGGAUGAUAUUUUGUCUUCGUAAGACAUGUCAAUGGUUGAAGUCGUCGUGUGGGGAGAUACUUCUUCCUGAUUUAUUAGUAAAUGGGGAAGCUAAAAAGCGUCUAGAUAGUGAUGGGAAGAAUUCCACCGCUGAGAUAUCAUCGGGAGGUAAUUCUGAUGAGACUACAGAGAAAUUUGCCCAAGAGGGCAAUAAAACGGUAAUCGAAAGGAAAAAAUCUCUAACUGAUAUUCUUAAACAGGAUGCAGAAUCUCUUAUAGUUCCAGGAGAUGAUACUAAAGCAACUGAUGCUUAUUUGCAGUUUUUUAAGAAUAGUGCAUUUAGUAAGAGUACUCCGGAGAAAAGGAGUACAACGAAUGAGAAACCGGGUCCUCUUGGGCAAAAUAUAGGAGUUGCAACAACCACGACGACAACCGAUGAGAGUGAUAGUCUGAAUAAAUCAGUUCGUAAAAUUUCCCAAUUUGAAAAUAUACUCAAUCUAAUUGAUGGCCCUUCGAUUGGUAAUUCAAAUUCAAAUUUCAGUUAUCUUUUGCAUAAUAUAGAAAAAGAUCAACUAGAUGAUUCGCAGGUGGGGGGUUUAGGAGACGACCACAGUAUUGUACGAGAUGAAAAAUCAGAUUUUUUUGAAAAGCUUAAAAAUGCAUCGUUACUCCAAUUUCAACAACAGCAACAACAAACACCUCCUAAAAAGAAACCUUUGCAACAGCAAACUAACGAUAUAUUUCCAUUAAUGACAAUGAAAUUUAGUGCAAGAUGCAACACUUGUAAUACAGUAUUUGAAUCGGUAGCUUCAUUAGAAGAGCACAAUGCCAAUUUUCAUAAUAAUCAAACAGCCAAGGUUUAUGAUGAACAUAAGAAAAUUAUUUCAUUGUUUGAAGAUGAUAACGAUGAUGAUGAGGAUGAUGUUGAUGUGGGAAUAAGUGGCGGUAGCAGCAAGAAUCAUUUUUAAAAUUAAAACGAAAUUAUAAAUAUUAUACAUAAAUUAUGUGUGUAUGUAUUGUAGAUGUAUACUCGUAGUAAUAUAAAAUUAUAUAAAAAAAUAAAAUGCUUUUUAGUAAUUAUACUUACUAAUACUAUAAAGCAAUAAAUAUUAUUUUAAAAAGUUAUAAAUAUACAAA